UGCUGCUCCUGGGCCAAGACGAGGUGGGCGCCACGGCCGCGCCUGUGCUCCGCAGCUGAGAGGAGCUGCCGCCGCCGUGAGGUUAUAUUUCACACUAUGUGCUGAUUGUCUGUACUUACAGAAGAUAUUUAAAACAUUUUUUAAAACAAAUUGAUUCCAGUGGAAUCUGCUUUAGAUUUUGUCUUGUGAAGUAACACCUGAAGCAAUGCCUGUACAAGCUCCACAAUGGACGGAUUUUCUCUCCUGUCCUAUUUGCACACAAACGUUCGACGAAACAAUCCGGAAGCCCAUCAGCCUGGGCUGUGGCCACACUGUAUGCAAGAUGUGCCUGAACAAGCUCCACCGCAAGGCAUGCCCCUUUGACCAGACCACUAUUAAUACAGAUAUUGAGCACCUUCCUGUGAAUUCAGCUUUGCUGCAACUUGUGGGUGCCCAGGCGCCAGAACAACAGCCAGUAACUCUACAUAGUGGGGCUGAAGAUACCAAGCAUUAUGAAGAAGCCAAAAAAUGUGUGGAAGAACUAGCAUUGUACCUGAAACCACUCAGCAGUGCAAGAGGUGUGGGUCUGAACAGCACUACUCAAAGUGUACUCAGCCGUCCCAUGCAGCGGAAGCUUGUGACAUUAGUUCACUGCCAGCUAGUGGAAGAAGAAGGACGAAUCAGGGCUAUGCGUGCAGCACGUUCACUUGGUGAAAGAACUGUCACAGAGCUCAUCCUUCAGCAUCAGAAUCCCCAACAACUCUCUUCUAACCUUUGGGCUGCAGUGAGGGCCAGGGGCUGCCAGUUUCUUGGACCAGCAAUGCAGGAGGAAGCCCUUAAAUUAGUUCUUUUGGCUUUGGAAGAUGGAUCUGCUUUGUCUCGAAAAGUCUUGGUUCUGUUUGUGGUACAGAGGUUGGAACCACGAUUUCCUCAGGCUUCUAAAACCAGCAUUGGGCAUGUUGUCCAGCUUCUUUACAGAGCCUCUUGUUUCAAGGUGACUAAACGUGAUGAGGAUUCCUCCUUGAUGCAACUGAAGGAAGAAUUCCGAACAUAUGAAGCCCUGAGACGAGAACAUGAUUCCCAAAUUGUGCAAAUUGCUAUGGAGGCUGGUUUGCGCAUUGCUCCUGAUCAAUGGUCCUCAUUACUAUAUGGAGACCAGUCUCACAAAUCUCAUAUGCAGUCUAUUAUUGACAAGUUGCAGACCCCAGCCUCUUUUGCACAGAGUGUUCAGGAACUAACCAUUGCUCUUCAGAGGACUGGUGACCCAGCUAAUUUGAAUAGACUUCGACCCCAUCUAGAACUUCUAGCAAAUAUUGAUCCCAGUCCAGAUGCCCCACCACCAACAUGGGAACAGCUUGAAAAUGGACUGGUUGCUGUGCGUACUGUGGUGCACGGACUGGUUGAUUACAUCCAGAAUCACAGCAAGAAAGGAGCAGAUCAGCAGCAGCCUCCUCAACACAGCAAGUAUAAGACAUAUAUGUGCCGAGACAUGAAACAAAGAGGAGGAUGUCCCCGUGGGGCCAGCUGCACCUUUGCACAUUCACAGGAAGAACUAGAAAAAUUUCGUAAGAUGAACAAACGACUGGUUCCUCGGAGACCUCUGAGUGCCUCCUUAGGUCAGCUCAAUGAAGUGGGCCUAUCGGCAGCAGCUAUUCUAUCAGAUGAAGGAGCUGUAGACUUGCCGAGCAGAAAACCCUCUGCCUUGCCAAAUGGGAUUGUUUCAACAGGCAGUACAGUGACUCAACUUAUCUCUCGUGGAACUGAUUCCAGCUACGAUUCAGCCCUGAAACCUGGAAAAAUUGACCACCAUAGUAGCAGUGCUCCUGGAUCACCUCCUGAAUUGCUGGAACCUGCUCCUGAGAAUUCUCUAUCUGCCUUACCAGUCAACUCUCACCCAGCACCACCACGUGGUCCUGCAGACCUGCCUCCAAUAUCAGUUGGCAAGCAACUUCAGAUGGUGCCCCGUGUCUCUCAGAUGUAUCCAGCUCAGCAAACAGAUAUGUUUUAUGCAGGUGCGCGAGGAGCAGCUCCCCCAUUUGAACCACCUCCUUAUCAACCAGGUGUAUAUUAUCCUGCAGCUCAGUCUUCACAGUGCAUGUCCCGAUUUGUUCGGCCGCCACCAUCUGUUCCUGAACCAGGUCCUCCUUACUUAGAACAUUAUUCACCAUACCUUCAAGAUCGCAUGGUGAACUACAGUGCGCAGCCACAGCAAUACCCUCCUAUGGGACAGCCAGUGUAUCCUCCCCAUUAUGACAGCCGGCGCGUAUAUCCCCCUGCGCAGCCAUACCAGCGAGAAGAAAUUAUCCGAGGAAGUCCUGUACCCAUUGAAAUUCCUCCGCCUGCUGUAUCACCAUAUGUACCUGAAGCAAGAGACAGAUAUCCACAAGUAGAGGGCUACUAUCCCGUCAGUCAGCAUCUGAAUCAGAUCAGACCUUCAUAUCACAGAGAGCCUUAUAUCCGGCCUCCUCUUCAGCCACAUCCCAGUCUAGAUGAAUUGCACCGACGACGAAAGGAGAUCAUGGCUCAGUUAGAAGAAAGGAAAGUCAUCUCCCCUCCUCCUUUUGCACCAUCACCAACUCUGCCUCCUACUUUACACAGUGAUGAGUACAUGGAAGAAGAUUUGAAGGUAGCUGGGAAAUACAAAGGAAAUGAUUACAGCCAGUACUCCCCAUGGUCAUGUGAAACCAUUGGCUCCUACAUUGGAACCAAAGAUGCAAAACCCAAAGACAUUGUGGCAGUGGGACUUGUGGAGAUGGUGAACUUAGAUAGCAAGGGGAUGCGAGACCAGAGGCUGGACUUGCAAAGGAGAGCAGCAGAAACGGGUGAUGAUGAUCUUAUUCCAUUUGGGGAUCGGCCUACUGUUUCAAGGUUUGGUGCCAUCUCACGUACAUCCAAAGCAAUGUACCAGAACCCCGGUCCCAUGCAAGCCAUGACAGUUCAAGGGGCUUCUACAAAACCAGUUAAUAUUUCAGAUUACAGCCCUUAUGGAACACACAGUACAUGGGGAGGGUCGCCAUAUUCACCCCAUCAAAACAUACCCUCUCAGGGACGUCUCAGUGAAAGAGAAAGAUUAUCUGUGACAGAGGUGGCUGGCCAUGGGAAGGCUUUGCCCUCAUCUGAAAGGGAACAACAACUUCGACUUGAACUGCAACAGUUAAAUCAUCAGAUUAGCCAGCAAACAAGAGGACUGGAGGGUGUUAGUAACAGGCUGAUGUUGCAGAGAGAGGCGAAUGCCUUGGCAGGCCAACCACAGCCCCCGCCUCCUAAAUGGCCUGGAAUGAUCUCAAGUGAACAGCUGAGCUUGGAGCUUCAUCAGGUGGAGAGGGAAAUCGGGAAGAGAACUCGAGAGCUGAGCAUGGAGAGUCAGUCUUCACUGGAUAUUAAAAGCAAAGUGGGUGCCAGUAAGCAGUCAGAAAAUGGACAACAAAGCAAGGUCCAAGCUGAAGACCUUGGAGGGGCAUUCAGCAGUGACGUUCCAAAUGGAUCAGCUUCGACCCAGGAAAAUAUUGGCCUUCUUAUGAACAAAACUACAGCUCUGAGUUUGUCGGAGGAUACUGAAGAGGGAGGAGAAGACCAGGACGCGCAAAGGACUGGAGCCAUGCCUGCUUCUGCUCCCUGAAGGAACAGGAAUAUCCCUCUGCUUCUGUCAGAGGCUACAGUGUCCUUUCCUUGGGAUAAUGGGAGGCAGUGGGCAAGGACUGCAACAGCGGCAAGUCCUGAGACAAUGUGCACACCAUCACUACUAGAAACAAACCCUGCACAUAGUUCACAUUAACACAUUUUUUAAUUAAAAAAAAUGAAAAUUAGCAGUAUCUGCAAGCAACUCAGAUUAAAUUUGUUUUUGUUCUGUGAAUGAACUUUAUUUUAAUAACUUUGGAUGCCUUGGAUGCCAGGGCUUUAAAAAACAGAAUAUAUAUAUAGGUAUAUGUAUAUGUAUACAUAUAUAUGUAUAUGUAUAUAUAUAUGUAUAUAUAUAGAGACACACAGACACUCUGUUUGUUUGAUUAAUUGUAUGAUCUUAAUGAGGUAGAUUUCUCUUUUAUUUUGGUAUUAUUACAUACCCAGUGUAUAAUUCCUUCUAGGCUUCUUUCCUUUCCCCUUCCAAACAACCUCACUCACUACUGCUUUGGGGUGAGUUUCAAAUGAAAAUAGGAAAUGUAAUCUGGGGUAGGAAGCUCCAAAUUUCCUGUUCCUGUAGCGUUUCGGAAAGUAACUCUCCUCAUAGAUGCUAGAUCCUGCCAUUACCAAUAAUAUUUUUAAAGCUUUGAAACUUUGUGAAGUGUUUUACAUGACUUUCGCAGUAGCAAACAUCAUAGAAUACACACACACACACACAAAAAAACCAUCAGAGUUGAAAUGUUUUAACUUAUUUCUGAAGAAAGUGGCAUUGCUUAGCAGUUCAUUUGAUAUAAAAUAAAAUGUAUUGAACUUACCGCCUUUGAAAGGCAGCACAUGUAUACUAGCUGCACUGAUGGGUAGAUGAAAAACAGUCACAAUUUAAGUAGGGUUUUUUAAAAAAAAUAAUAAUCUGGAAAUAAGUGUAGGUGUGAAUUUCAAUGACAUAAAGAUGUGGGGAGCAGAAUGGGAAAUGAAGGUUAUUUUCCUUGUUUCUUUGUUAAUGUCCAAAGCAGAGAUUCUGCAAUUAUUUGGUGCAUCAUAAAGGUGGAUUAUAUUUAAUGAUACUAUAAUGUCAGGAAGGUUUGGCAUCAGCAUAUGUAGAGAGCUGCUACAGUUUGAUUUUGGAUAUGAUUGACAAAUGUGGAGAUGAGAAAUGCAGGCUCCUACUUAGCAUUCCUUCUUCCAAUCUUGAUUGUACCCAAACCUGCUCUUAAAUGUCAUUGGUCUAUCUUGAGGGGAACUCACUGUCAGCUUCAAUGUCCGACAGUCCGAGCCUCCUCUGGAUAAGAGAAAGAGUUGGCCUCCAAGAAAAUAAUACUCUUUGUGUUUACUUUCACUAAUUCUGUCUUAAAAACAACACUCUUCAGGAUUUGCAUAAAAUGGAAACUCUUCUCACUUCUGUAGAUUCCGUUGUUCUUCUUCAGAUGCCACUGUUACAUGCUAUGCACAUUUUGACUUCCUUCUUCCUCACUCUCCUGCCUUUACAUGGGCUGAGAUACACUGCGUGGAAAUCCUUUUUAAAGCUCUUGUGCAUCUUUUAGACCUUUUUCUCCAUGUAAAUUGUGCUAUUAAAUCUUGGGAAACACUGGCUAUGUAAUAAGUUGAAGCAUUGCUUUGGUUGGGUAAAAGCCGAAGAUUAUUAAUCUUGUUUUAGGUUAUUUUCCUUCCUUUAAGGUCCCUUAAGGUAAAACCAUCUGUCAGCUGUUUUGCAUCGAUAUGAUAAAACAAAAUGGGAGAGGGUACAGCCUACUUGUUGCCUACCAGUAGGAGAUUCCAGGCAGAAAUCUCUUCUGACUAGUGAUUAUUUAUGUUGCUUAGUCAAGGCACCACAUUUAUAUACUAUUUCACAUUGAAUUUGAUUCUAUCCUAUGGAGCUCAGUGACUAGAAAUCUUACAAAUUGGCUUGCAAUUUGAGCAUUUGGGUUUUUUUAUUUAAAUAAAUAAGUAAAUAUUUGUG